CUCUGCAGAGGAAAACGCAAUGGAGCCCUGAACAUUUUUCAUUUCUAUCUCCUUUGCUCCUGGAAAACAACAAGCGUAUCUCAAUACUGCUUUAUUUGCUAUUUAUUUGAGGCGUUACAGGGCGGUGAAACAAUGUGGAUCCAGGUUCGUACGAUAGACGGGAAGGAGACGCGAACCGUUGAGGAUCUUUCUAGAUUGACCAAAAUUGAGUCUUUACGGUUGAAAAUACAGGAGAUUUUCAAUGUAAGCCCACACCAGCAGCGCCUGUUCUACCGAGGAAAGCAGAUGGAAGAUGGCCAGACACUGUUUGACUAUAACGUGGGACUCAAUGACAUCGUUCAGCUGCUGAUUCGCUCGCAGACCGACCCUCCAGACAGCCCCGCAACCAAGGCCUCCUCCGGUGGGGCCUGUAGUUCAGUCCCCCCCACUGACUCCAUGUCGGAAAGCCACAACUCCCCAGCUCCCGCCUCCCCCGCUGCUAUGGAAACCUCCACCAAUACAGACAAUGACAGCAACAGACCUACCAGCAAUGUUAACGAAACCAAGCCGGACACCAGCGCUACCAGUCACUCAGCCAGUACCAAAAAUGGGUUCAAGCCCUCCAGUCCAGCACGGGACACUCAGCCCCCCACAUCCAGCAGAAACACACUAGUCGACACAGGGAUUGGUGUGUACAAGAUUUACGAGUUGGUGGACUGCAGAGACGUCAGCAUCGGUGCCUGGUUUGAGGCCUGCAUUGAAAAUGUGACACGCGCUCCCAAAGGACAGAUAACGCCCACCAAGGGCAAGGUGGGCCGGCCCCCAAAAAGGACUAAUGGAAAGCUGGAGGCCGAGCAGGGACAGGCCCACGGCCAGGGCCAAACCACAGACAGUAACAGGAAUAAUGUUGUGUUAAGCUCGGAGAGUAAUGGAGCCUCCACCUCUCAGACAGACUCUACAGCAGCUACAGAGGCCAAGGAGAGAGAAGAGGAUGUAAUGUACUACAUUAAAUAUGACGACUACCCAGAGAACGGAGUGGUGGAGAUACGACCGGUGGAUGUGCGGCCACGUGCCCGGACCCUUCUGCGGUGGGACCAGCUCCAGGUGGGCAUGCAUGUGAUGGUCAACUACAAUAUGGAGACGCCUGAUGAGAGGGGCUUCUGGUUCGACGCUGAGGUUCAGACCCUCAACCAAGCCUCCCGCACCAACAAAGAGCUCAGAGUCAAGAUCCUCCUGGGGGGUCCUGGAGAUAUAAUCGGGGAUUGUAAAGUUCAGUUUCUGGAUGAAAUCUACCAGUUGGAGACACCAGGAGCUCGUGCACUCUCGGCUUCAGAUGGACAAUUUAAACGGAAGAGCGGGCCGGAGUGCAAGCACUGCAAGGCUGACCCCGAAGCAGAGUGUCGCUUCUGCUCCUGCUGUGUGUGCGGCGGGAAGCAGGAUGCUCACAUGCAGCUGCUGUGUGACGAGUGUAACAUGGCGUUCCACAUCUACUGCCUCAACCCGCCGCUGGCCACCAUCCCGGAUGACGAGGACUGGUACUGUCCCACCUGUAAGAACGACACCAGUGAGGUUGUUAAGGCCGGAGAGAAGCUCAAAGCCAGCAAGAAAAAAGCCAAGAUGCCUUCGGCAACAACUGAGAGUCAAAGGGACUGGGGAAAGGGUAUGGCCUGUGUGGGGCGCACCAAGGAGUGCACAAUUGUUCCUUCGAACCACUACGGGCCCAUUCCCGGUGUUCCUGUUGGAACCACCUGGAAAUUCAGAGUUCAGGUGAGUGAGGCAGGUGUCCACAGGCCGCAUGUUGGUGGUAUCCAUGGGCGCAGUAACGAUGGCUCCUAUUCGCUGGUUUUGGCCGGGGGCUUUGAGGAUGAAGUGGAUCGGGGAGAUGAGUUCACCUACACAGGCAGCGGGGGUCGUGACCUCUCAGGCAACAAGCGGAUCGGAGAGCACUCUUUUGACCAGACCCUGACACACAUGAACAGAGCGUUGGCCUUAAACUGCGAUGCACCACUGAAUGACAAAGACGGGGCCGAGUCCAGGAACUGGCGGGCAGGGAAGCCGGUGAGAGUGGUGCGCAGUUCUAAAGGUCGACGCAUCAGCAAAUACGCUCCGGAGGAGGGAAAUCGCUACGAUGGUAUUUACAAGGUGGUAAAGUACUGGCCAGAGAUUGGAAAGUGUGGUUACCUGGUGUGGCGGUACCUUCUGAGACGGGACGAUUUGGAACCAGCACCUUGGACACCUGAAGGACUCGAGAGGAUCACAAAACUGGGCCUUGCUGUUCAGUACCCGCCUGGCUACUUGGCGGCCAUGGCUAACAAAACAAAGAAGGAGGCCUGUGCCCGACCUGGUCGCGGUGGCCGGACUAAGCACUACGCUGGGAGGGGGAGGCCACGGAGACGCAAGAUCAAGGAGAAAGAAGAGAACGACGACGACGACGAGUACGGGCAGCCUAUGGCCAGUGUGGAGGACGAAGAGCCACAGAGUAAUGGAGAGAAGAAGACAACCAGAAAUACUGCAGAGCCUCUCUCUAAGAGGGUGAAGAUAGAGGAAACUUUCCAGCUGUCAGACCAGCAGCAGCAGUUGAUCCGGGAGGACACAGCCAACAAGAAACUCUGGGACGAAGCCAUGGGAUACCUUAAAGAGGGACCGAAUUUUCUGCAGAAGAUGGAGCCGAUCUUCAUGUGCGUGUGCUGCCAGGAGCUGGCUUUCCAACCCAUCACCACCGCCUGCUCACACAACGUUUGCAAGACUUGUCUACAGCGGUCGUUCCGAGCGCAGGUGUACACCUGCCCCGCCUGCCGUCACGACUUGGGCAAAGACUACGCCAUGACCCAAAACGGGACGCUUCAGGUGCUGCUUGACCAGUUCUAUCCCGGCUACAGCAAGGGCCGAUGAGGUCGAAAUCACAUUUAUAAGUAGAAUACGUACAUACACGCACAUAAGCAUCCAUUCUGUGCACCUGCGUAUAAGUACCUAGAGCUCCACUUUAAAAUGCAUUGCGCACACAUACUGAACUUUACCAUGGGCAAAUGUAUAUUGCAUAUACAGCCAUCAAUGUAAACAAUCAUUCAUACACAAACAACCUCAGUAGGGACUGACCUCAUCUGUUAAACCUGGACUCUCUCCAUUAACUUCACCAGGCUGAAAUUCAAAAGGACAUUUUUUAACCUCCCUACUCUUGCCCCCCACAAAUGCACUCAAACGCACAAAAGGAGCCCAAAUUCAAACCCACUAGCCACCUCAAGAUAUUAGCUUUUUUAUGUUUUGUUUGCCCCUCCACUGUGUUGUUCCCACACACAUUGACAUACAGCACAUUGUUUGAGUACAAUAUCAUGAAAUCAGCCUUUAGACUCCUGCCAACCUGGACGCAUUUUGUGUACCAUGUACGCAUUCAACUGAGCUGCUUCAUAUAUAUGCAGUAUACUAGUCAGCUGGCAAAUACAUUUUGGCACAGCAGGACAUAACACCCCCCCCCCUCGGCACAAGAUUCAAAAUGAGCAAGUGAGAGUUGGCUUGUUAUGGCAAGGUAAGAUUAGGAAAGUCAAGAAUGAACAUGUAUUUCCAAAAUAAAUGAAGGACACAAUGUUUUAUGCCUUUUUUGAAGCACUUUAUCAUUGACUUGACUUGUUUUGUAGGUUAAUCAGGAGCACACGCUAGCGUUCUGCUAGCUGCUCAUGUCACUUGGAAUAAUGCCAUUGCAAAUGUCUGGCCAGAGGUACUUUCAGUGCUUUUGCUGAGAACAGAAAUUUGGCAGCCGUGUCCGGUUUGUUUGGAACGUCGGGAGAUUAAGCAGCAACCUCACGGUGAACGCAACAAUCAUCAACAGGCACAACUCUCUCAGAUUUAAUGUGGAGUAAAAAAACAGACAAAGAAGGCAUUUACUUCAUAAACAAACCAAAGACAUAAGGCGGUAGAGCAGGUCAGGGGCAAAUAUUUACUUUCAAAAAGUCAUUUCUGUUGAGGAAUCACGCAUACAAAUAAAAGGCACUUGAAUCAAACAGGACCGUACCAAAUCAUCAUCUUUCUUUAGCGAGGCACUUUUUUGUUUCCAUUUCCAAGCAGCUAAAAAUAAAUGUGCAAGAUAAACGUUACUAUUAGAUCUCUCUCACAAGUGCUGUUGAAACCUCUACCACUAUUGAAAUGAUGAAUUAAACAUUUAUGUUAAGACAUUUAUUCUAUGUACUCUCAUUCAUGGCCAGAUAACACAGACUAAACUGCCCUUGUACAUUAGAUGAGUACGUUCUCCUAUUUCCCUUUUAAUUUGUCUACCAGAGAAAUGCUGUAAUGCUGUAGUGGGAAAUUAAAGAUUUACAUGCAGCGCACCUGAAAUGUUUUGAAAAUUGUGAGUUGCGCUGUUUGCAUGUUCUUUUCAAUGACGUCUAGAAGGGCACACUGUGGUUGUCCCUGGUGUUACCAAGCAACCACAAUCAAGCAGGACUUCACACAAAGAUGGUUAGCAUAUUUUGUGCUCUGCAGAUACUGACCUGCUAUUGUUCUCUCUGUUAGAUUUAGUAGAAUGUUCACUGCAGAGUUUUGGGUAUCCAGCAUGAUCUGCUUCUCCAUUAUUAGUAUUAUUAUUUGUUUUAAAGUAGUUUGGUGAGUGAUUGCACAGCCAGGAUUAUGUCACAUUACAUCCAGAAAAUUAAGAUCCAUCUGUCUUGGUUGAGCACGGGGGGGGGGGGCGGGGGGGGAAGACACUGAUUUCUAUUCCCUGAGUCUUUGACGGUUAAGUGGAUUCACACCAUCAGAGGCCAGAAUGUGCAGUAAUCCCAACAUACAGUAUAUAAGAUAGAUGGACAUACAGUGUGACCGGUCCCAUACUGUUAUGACAUGUUAUGCAGUCCAGACACGAAGGAAAAGAGUGCCUUGUAGACUAUCAAAAACUGUUAAGUACCGAAGGUUUGCAUUCAAUGCCCGGUCAGUUUCCUAAUGUUGCUUCCUUGUUCUUAUUCUAUCAGAAAUCUGCGGAUUAUAAAAUUCAAAUUUUAGACUUUUUUUUUUUUUUUUCUUGUAAGGGUGCUUGUGUUUAGGUAACAUGUCACAGUUGAGAACUUUAUUAUGUUAAAUGAGGAAAACAGGUAUUGUGUCGACACUAGUACUGAAAGAUGUACACAAGUGAGAGCUUUUCAACAGUGCAUAUGUGAGAGUUCACUGUUUUAUAAAUAAACUAUUGAAUGUUUCAGUAGGUAGUUUCAAUACACUUGCAUACAACAUAGCAUUGAAUAUAUAAUAUGAAAAUGCGUGUAUGUACAAGGUAAAGUUUGAAUCAUCUCCCCCAUAGUCAGAACUUAAAGAGUGAAAAGUAGGAAAGACAGCAAACGGAAGGUUUGACAGUUACUGAUCAGGAUUGAUUGUUGUAUGUAGAUCUUAGAAAUGUAAAUACAGAAACGGGAGUUCUUGACACAGACCGUUGGUCCAAAGAGAGAGAAACCCGGUUGGUUUAUUCUGGAUAUGCUGGAUAACAUAGUGUAAUAUCUUUUGAAUAUUUUCAUGUGGAUUCAACGUGUAACCUAAAAACAAAACGGCAACUUUAGGAAGUUAUUUGUAUCAUCAGGUCAAACUUACCGUGGCUGAAAAUACCAAUGAGCAUUGAAUGGCAGCUGUGAACUAAAUACAAACAAAAAGUUGUCCUUAAACACGACUUUUUAAGCUAAUUUUGUAUGCUUUCCUUUUCUUACACAUCCAGUGAAUUCAGCCUCAACAGUGAGAAACCGCUCCAUCCAUAUAUUUGAAAUGCACUUGGAAGCUUCACAUGCAUUUGUUUUAAUUGCUAUAAGAAUACCUGCAAGCAUUUCCUUGAUGUACACUGCACCCACACCGUUAUCUUCAACGUGUUCAUCUGUUAGAUCUGACACACCAUCAUCGUAUACGAUACAUAUAUUAUACAGAUAUUUCUGUCUCGAGAGGCUGACACAGAUUUGCAUCUUCUCCAGUGCUGAUAUGGUACUUUAAAAAAAAUGUCCCGGGUUGGCAGGUCUGAUAGGAACUAAAAACUAAAAAAAAAACCUCUGAGAGCCGCAGCACAGUCUCUGCACUGAUCUGUGAUCUGGACAGAGGUCACCCGGAGUGCUGCAUUUCAGUUAAUGCAUGAGAAAAUAGUUUCUACACUUGAGUUUUGUGGGAACAUGUAGCCCUUGUUCAUUGACAUCAUCACGCUCACCUGUAACAGCCUUCGAGGCGUAGCCAUGUUUAGUGUAAAGGUGAGACCAUGACGGAUAACACGCUGCUGUACACAUCCGUUUCUUACCGCUCUGUUGACAUUCAGAUCCCCUUUCAUUAGCCGGCCGUUUGUUUGUUUGUGGUGAUGUCUUUGUUUCUGUUCAAUCAUUCAGGAUUUCUUUCUCAACAACAUGCAAGUACAAAUGCUACUAUGGUCUUUAAAGCUAAAUGUGAUGUGCAUUACUUCCACUGUUGCUCAAUCUUGUUCAAAGAUUAUUUUUCUCCCUGCAUUGACUGGCAAGCUUAUAGCCCUCGUUUCUUUCUCUGCUGUGACCUUCUCUCCCUCUCCUCUCUUUCCGCUGUCCUCUGCCCUCCGUGAACCUACAGUACUAACAAUUUUUAGACGUCUUGUGGACGCUUGGCUUCAGUGCUGUGUUGUUUUUUGUUUUUUAUUGCACUCUAUUGAAGAAAAAAAGUUUGAAAAGUCGCAUUUAAUUUUCUUAGAAUGCUUACUAUUAUCUACGUCUGUACGCCAUUUUUCUACCGUUUUAGUUGCUUCUCUUCUAUUUUAAUCAUUAGUCAUUUUUAUGUGGCGACCUCAAACAUUUUCAGCAUAUGCCAGUCUGAGGAGUUUCAUUGCUUCAUAUUGUGAUCUGAAAUUUUAUACAUGUCAUAAUAAUACUUGAUAUGUACCUAUUAAAUAUUUGGAUUCCAGAAAGAAA